AUGCCCAGUACUGGUGGACGGCCCGAGGGAACGCGUAUGACUUUCGCACUCCCCUUUGAGUCAGCCCUCGAGGACAUGAUCGAGGGAACGUACGAGGCAUCUGAGGAUCGAUAUGAUCCAGAGGAUACUGGUGAUGACCACACGCGGAUGGUCAACAUGCGCGUUAGACGGCGCAUGGUGGUAUUAUCAAACGGUCUUAAUGAGAUUCUUUCUCAAGCGUUUGCCACCUUGGCCAUUCCCGGUGGGUGUGUCGAUGGGCAGCCUGCAAACGACAACGAUGCUGGAGGAGCGCAUGUGGCAGCGGGGCAAAGGGAGAGCGGCAAUAGGACCUCGGUCGAAACCUCGAUGCGCGACAAAGCGUCCAUGACUAGGGAUAUCUGGGGAUUGGUACGCAUGGCCCGGGCACUGAGGAAGGAGGCGGAGAUGGUGAUGAAGGAGUGCGCACUUUGGGACGCCGAUUCUGGGCUCAAGAAUGCCCAUGUCAGAAAGAGGAUGUUGGAAAUCCAACUCAUGGCGCACAAGAUAAUGCUGUCGAGCGUUUCCAUCCUCAGAUUCAUCGGUCCAGCCUUCGAACGCCGGAUCGAAAUGGACCGGGCAAGGAGAAGGGCUGAAAAGAGGGACUCCUGUGUUUGGUCUGUAAUUAGCAUGUGUCGCUCCUCGUUGGAGCACGUGGACGAUGUCCUCGAUCACUCCCUAGACUGGUAG